CCCGCUUCUUCCAUUGCAACCACCAGGGCACGAACGGAGGAUACCGAUGGCCGUGCUCGCACUGACCCACUGUACUCAGCUAGACCUGGUAAAGAUGGUAGCUACCGAUGUCCGUUCCUGGUGUCCGACGGAUGCCAGCACAAGGCCACAAAGCUCAAGUGCAACUACGACAAGUACAUUGAUUCUCACAUCAAGCCUUUCCGCUGCAAGCAUCAUAACUGCAACAACAAUCGCUUCUCCUCCACCGCCUGUCUUCUGCGUCAUGAACGCGAGGCCCAUGGACUCCACGGACAUGGUAACAAACCUUUCCUCUGCGAAUUCAAAGACUGUGACCGAUCAAGCCCGGAUAAUGGAUUCCCAAGAGCAUACAACUUGCUUGAUCAUAUGAAGCGUGUCCACGGAUACCGUCCGGAGAAGACAGCCAAG